CUUUAGUUGAGAAUCGGACUUAAAUGUGAGCGGUGUUGAAUCGGAAAUUUAGUUUCACUAUAAAAUAGAAUACCAAUAACAAUGGCAAGAACAUUCUAAGUGCAUCAAUGAAAACCAGAAAACAAUAACUUUAACAUUCUCACAAAAAUUAAUGGUUUCAGUACGGGGUGUCAUUCUAAAUUAAAAACAAUUUAAGAUUGAAACGGAUCGGAAUAGCAGCUUGUAAGCUAGCCAGCCAGUCAAACAGUCAGUCAGUCAAUCAGUCUCCGCUUGAACUUGUGUGCGACCAUCAUAUUUAGUGAAGAAACAAAGCAGGCGUCGAAUUUUUCCCAAAAAAAAAGAAGACCUGCCGGCGGCAUAAGAUGUUCAUGAACAUGAGAUUUUAUUGAAGAUUGCGAUAAUCGUCCAUAAUCCAAUUUUGAAAAGUGCAAAAAACAAAAACAACUGCGACAAGAACUAAAUUGAAUUAAGUCAAGAGCAAAGACCCAUUUCAUUGAGAGAAAAGCAAGCACUACUUGAGGCCUCGGCAUCCACUUCCAUUCACACAUUACACCCAGUUUCGUUCGUUCAUUCAUUCAUAUCUCAAGAGACACAAAGCAAGGAGAUUAUUUAAAAUGCUGCACAAUUUCUACAGACACCAGCAACAACAACAACAUGUGCUUGGAAUUAUCACCCUGGUGGUCUUGAUUUGUCAACACAUCGUGCCCACAAUGUCUGCCAAUGACAAUGAAUUCUGGGAUUUGGGAGCCUCCCGACCCGAUGACAAUCUCUCCAAAUUACGGCUGUGGCUGACGAUAAGUGCCCAAAAACGUUUCCUGGAGAUAUCGUGGGUAAAUGCUCCAGCCCUGGAAGAUGAUCGUAUUAUGCUAACCUCAGGGGAGCCCUAUCAUUUUGAGAAACUGAAAUAUAUACCCACUGAACGGACCCCAAUGGCAGAGUUCAGCAAGGAUGAGCAGGGAGUGGGGGUAGAUUCUGAUGAUUUAUCAAUACAAGAGGAUGGCAGUGGUGCGGGAGUGGAACCCACCUCCACCACAGCCCCCUCCAAAGGGUCACCCUACAAUGCCAAAGACAUACACUAUUGGAUUUCCAACAAUGGCAGCAAUCACAUUGUGGCCGCCCUCAAACCCACAGCAAAUUCCCUAUGGUUCACCACCGGAGUACCCUUCGACUAUGAUCUCUCGAAAAAUGUGACCAGUCAGACGAGUUGUUAUGGUUACUGGGCCGCCUAUGUAAACGGCGAUGGAUCGAUUCUGGCCACCACCUGUUUGCGUGCCUUUCCUCGCUGGAUGAAUGAAAUGCGAUCGCAAAUUGGAUCGCUGCGCAUGCGUGACCUUUUCAUACCUGGUUCCCAUGAUUCCGGUUCAUAUCGCAUUAAUUUUGAUCCUUUACAUCACGAAACGCUGGUCACCAAAUAUUCCCUGUGUCAGGAUGAUGAUGUGCGAGGCCAGCUAAUGCAUGGCAUCCGCUAUUUGGACAUCCGGGUGGGAUAUCAUCGCAAUACGCCGGAAUUGUUUUUCAUAAAUCAUGGCAUUACACGGCAGAGACCUUUGGUGGAGAUUAUUGAUCAAGUCAAGGAUUUUGUGGAGGAGACAAAUGAAAUUGUUAUAUUCGGUUUAAAGGAGUUUCCAGUGGGAUUCGGUAAAAAUCUAACAAUUCAUCACAAAUUGGCUGAAUUCCUUAAGGAACACUUUGGCGAAUUGGUUGUACAUCCGUCGGCAACAUGGCGGGCGACAUUAAAUGACAUCUGGUCACGAAGACAAAAUGUCAUACUGGCCUAUGAUAAACCUGAAAUGGUACAAAGAUAUCCACAUCUCCUGUUUGGCUCUGUCGAACAGCGAUGGGGUAAUGUUCAAAAGUGGUCGGAUUUAGAGGCUUUCCUAAGGUCCAUCAAUGACAGUGAUGUUUCACGCCUCUCAAGUCGCCCUCUGGCCGAUAUGGCUGAACUGACACCCAAAGCCUGGGAUGUAAUUGUCAAUAAAUUUGGUGGUCUGCGGAAAAUGGCAGACAAAGUUAAUUGGCGUGUCUCCCAGCUGUAUGCCAAUGACUUGGGUGCCAAUGCCAAUAUUGUAGCUGUGGAUUUUUAUCGGGGCACAACAAUUGUUGAGACCGCCAUGGAUUGGAAUCGAAGAAAAAUUGUAUUUUGAAUUAAAAAGAGUAAAAAAUAAAUAAAAUUAAUUGUUCUUUAA